CGCAGAGGUCUGUCUUCUCGCCGUCGGUCAGUCUCGCGAGACUCUGCACACACGGUGUCGCUGAGUUGGAGAGGAUCAUGGCGGAGCGCAGGAGGCACAAGAAGCGGAUCCAGGAGGUGAGCGAGCCCACCAAGGAGGAGAAGGCGGUGGCCAAGUACCUUCGAUUUAACUGCCCCACCAAGUCCACCAACAUGAUGGGCCACCGAGUCGACUACUUCAUCGCAUCCAAGGCCGUGGACUGUCUUCUGGACUCCAAGUGGGCCAAAGCCAAGAAGGGAGAGGAGGCGCUGUUCACCACCAGAGAGUCGGUGGUGGAUUACUGCAACAGACUCUUGAAGAAGCAGUUCUUCCACCGGGCUCUGAAGGUGAUGAAGAAAAAGCCGGAGAAAGACGCCAAGAAGGAGAAGGAGAAAGAAAAAAUCAAGAGCGACAGCAGCAAAGAAGAUGAGAAAAAAGGGAAGAAGGAGAAAGAGAAGAAGAAAGAGUCUGAAAUUGUCGAAACCAAGAAAGAGAAAAGCGACGACAGCCCAGGAAGCCCAAAGAAGAAGAAAGAGGUGAAGAAGAAGUUCAAACUGGAGCCUCACGAGGAUCAGCUGUUCCUGGACGGGAAUGAGGUGUACGUGUGGAUUUACGACCCGGUGCAUUUCAAAACGUUCGCCAUGGGCUUGAUCCUGGUUAUCGCAGUGAUCGCAGCCACGCUGUUCCCGCUGUGGCCCGCAGAGAUGCGGGUCGGUGUUUACUACCUGAGCGUCGCUGCCGGCUGCUUCGUGGCCAGCAUCCUGCUUCUAGCUGUUGCCCGCUGCAUCCUCUUCCUGAUCAUCUGGGUGGUGACCGGAGGCCGCCACCACUUCUGGUUCCUGCCCAACCUGACGGCGGACGUGGGCUUCAUCGACUCGUUCAGGCCGCUCUACACCCACGACUACAAAGGCCCGCGUGGCGCCGGCAGGAAGGGCUCGGACAAGGCCGACGACAAGGACGACGGCGCCGCCUCCCUCAAGGCUCACAAGUCGGACAGCGACGAGAAGUCGGACAGCGAGAAGAAGGACGGCGACGACGAGGAGGACGACGAAGAGGAGGAGAGCAAGGAGGCGAAGCGGGACGGCGCGGACGACCGGCAUUCGGACACAGACAGCGACCGGCGGGAGGACGAGGGCUCGCAGCACAGCAACGGAAACGACUUUGAAAUGAUCACCAGGGAGGAGCUGGAGCAGCACACCGAGGAAGACGAGGAGGCGGAGGAGGAAGGACAGGAGGACGCUGAGGAGGCACGUGAGAGGAAAGAAGAUGGCGAGAGUGAGUGUAAAGCCCAGACUGCUGAGACAUAAACUCCCCGCUCCAUGGCUCUGGUUUUCUCCUCCUUCCCCGCUGUGAUCCAGUCCAGCCUCGGCGUGCAAACAGGCUCCAUCUCAUGCCGCUGAGAUCUUCCACUAGACCGUACCGGGAAAGACUGAACGCUCAAACGUUUACGGCUACGACAAUAAUAAUGGGGGGAGGGGGGGGGGGUCUGAAAGAAGAAGCCUUAACGGUGGAAAUGAUUCCUUUCCAACUAAAUGUUAUUUAUGUUAAAAUAAUGAAACUGCUGCCAGCUGUUAAACCCUGAACUCACCCAGAUGGACCAAAUCCCGACGUUUAUUCUAGACACGACCACAUUAUGGCAGCAGAGUAGCGCGCGUCUCUCUGAGGUACGAACUGCAGCUUAAUCUUUUUUUUUUCUCUCAUUUCUUUCACUGGUUAAAUUCAGAUGAAAACUCAGAUACGAUAUAGAUUAAUUACACUUAAAGUUUUUUGUUUUUUUUUUACUUCUGUUAGUUUUGAUGAUUAUGGCUUAAAGCUAUUGAGUUAACAGGCUAAUCAGCAGACCAGCCCUUUUUCUCCUUCAGCAUACUUUUUUCCUAUCGCCUAACUUUCCGUUAACGUGCUCAGAAUCACCUGAAUAAGAAUUGCUUCACCGAUCUCUCGAUAUCCGUGUUGCCGGUGCACCACUACAUGUUUUCCUUCCACUCAACUUCCCAGUUAAUACACAGAACGGUGUUCAGCCAGCUUGUCUGUGGCUUCUACCCUCCCUGUCCCAUAACAAGACUGCCACCACACUGGUUUUAAACAUUUUUAUCAGCUUAUUCUGAAAAAGAAACCUGUAUUUUUUUUAAUUUGCUCUAAGCCAUAGUCAUUGAGAUUUACAGAAAUAAACCCCUGAAACAAAAUCAGUUUCACCUUUUGAACCGAGCUACUUUUCUGAUCCAUUGAGAAGCGUCUGUAUUGUCACAUUUGUUUCCUAGGUGCAGUCGGCUCACUAUGAAAUAUUUAUCCAGAAAAGUACAUCUAAGCGGCGAAGGCGGCUGGAGUACUACAUAUUUUUUUAAGAUUCUGUUCGUUUUGCAGGACAACCAGUGCUGUAAGGCCUAAAGUUGAGUUGAAGCGGUGGGAACGUGAGAUGUAAAGCGAACUCUAGUGCCAAACACGCCAGAUGACAAACGCUUUGCCUGCCUGAAGGCGAGGAGCUGGGUUGGGUUUCAUGAAGCCGUUCGUUGUUUUGUAGCCGCGCCGUCACGUUUUCGUCCACCAAAAAACGACGAGCACAGCACAAAGUUGUAGGAAAGAGGAUUUUGGUCUCAAUGAAACCAUUAAAAUGCGUUCACACUAGACUCCUGUCCAAAGGGGUCAAGUCUAGUCUUGCACAAGCGAUCGGUGGGCUUAUUUUUUUUUUUUUUUUUUUUUAAACCCAGAUCCGCUCACUGAUUGGCUGAGAUCCAGUCCCCCGAGGUCCAAGCUGUUCUUUCACUUUAUCUUCGGGUUAGAAAUGGGUUAGCGGCUCUUUCUAGGCAUAGCGAGGAUUAUAUUUAAGUAUAAAACAGAAGUGUAUCAUUUAUAUAUGGAUUCUAUUAAUGUUUCAGAUAUAUGACUAUAGUACUGAAAAGUCUCAAACCAUAAAAAAACAAAACUUUGUGUCCCGUUCUUGUUUCAGUCAUUUAACUUUUAAAGGUAGAAUCUGGGAAUCAUUGGAUUACAGCGGGGUGUUUAUUUUAUUUUUUAUAUAUUCGCCACUAUGUGCAGCGUGUGAUGCGGUAGGUUGUGCGUUGCCAGGUCUGCUUUUCUCCCUCUGACAUCAACCUGAAGUUAAGGAACCAGCGGUGUGCGUAAAACACCGACACAAUCUAAUAAACGUUUGCGCAGUUUUUUUUGUACGUUCUUUAUGUUACUGGUCUAAUCUGUGUUUAGUACGUUUUGUUUUUAUUUUUUUCUCCCUGCCGUAGUCUAAUGAGGUGUGUAGCUCUCUGACUUUCUAAUUUGCAUGUCACCAUGUUAUGUUUGUCACCGUUUUGAUCCUUAUUUGUUUUUUAUUUUAAAACGGGCAAAAAGUGCAUCUCUGUCCGCAGAGCUGCCAGCGGUUUGACUCCGGAUCGUCGUUUCACACAGAGAAAAAAAAAAAAAACUAAAUCUAUUCUCCCAGCUGUUCUUGACUGUUGCAAACUAUCGGUCUGUUGUGUAUCGUAGUAUUACUCUAUGCUGCUGCUUUUCUCAUCGCACAUUUCUGGGGGAAAAUUAAAGUGAAAAUGUAAGAACUUCCGCAUUUUAUCUCUGGUGUCUUUUUCGACCACCUUGUCGAUAUCAUUCUCAAGACUGUCUAAAGGUAUCGAAGUGUAAUUUCCUGAAAUUGGAUGUCUGGAUUAUAUCUGUAUGUUAUUGCAAUAAAAAGUCUAGAAAGCA